GUCCCCUGCACUCCUGAGCGCACUCUGAGAGAGAGAGGGGGGACAAAGAGGGUCAGUCUCUCUAUACAGUAAGAUCCCAAAGAACAACUUUAUGACUCCGACCAUGCGUCUGGUGAUUGUCGUCCUGUCUGCCCUGCUUCCACUCUCUCUCUCCCAUGGACGAGACCCUUUGUCUUGGCUGUACGGCCGACAGAGCCAAGGAUACUUUGCCUCCCUGCAGGCGGACAUGGCAAGUCGGUGGUGUCCCGAUGAGUGUGACUGCCCCCCCGCCUUUCCUAUAGCCAUGUACUGUGAUGGCCGGGGUCUGACAGCCAUGCCAUCCAUUCCCUCACAUAUCAAAUACUUGUACCUUCAAAACAACGCCAUCACUGCAGUGUCUGACUCCGCCCUGAUGAAUGCGACCAACCUAGUGUGGCUUAUGAUGCACCACAACCAGCUGACAUCUGAGGCCAUUGGCAAGAAGGCAUUUCUGAAUUUGGAGCAACUGGAGCGUGUCUAUCUACAGCACAACAAUUUGACCAGCAUUCCUUCCAACCUUCCUCGCUCUCUGCGAGACCUGAGACUCAAUCACAACAAGAUUGAAAAGGUAACACCAGUAGACCUAGAAGGAAUGGACAACCUCACUAUCCUGUAUCUUCAUGAUAAUGUGGUCACGGACAUGAGCACAUCACUGAAGGCCCUGACAUCUCUUACAAUGCUGGAUAUCAGUAGCAACCAAUUGACAAAGGUCCCAGAGUCCCUGCCUGAAAAUCUGCACCAGCUCUACUUGGAGUUCAAUUCCAUUGACUCUGUACCAGAGGGAUUCCUAAAUCGUUUCACACAGCUGCAGUAUGUCAGGAUGUCCCACAACCAGAUAAAAGACAACGGGAUCCCUCCCAACACCUUUAAUGUGACUGGGCUGGUGGAGCUCGACCUGAGCUUCAACAAACUGGAGAGAAUCCCACUUGUGAGCGCCACACUGCAACAUCUCUAUCUGCAGGCAAACCAGAUCAAAGAGUUCACUCUGGGAAGUUUCUGCAGUGCUGUGGAUGUGACCAGCUUCUCCAAACUGCUGACGCUGCGAUUGGACGGGAACGAGAUCAGUCGUGAGGACAUUCCUUCAGAUUCAUCCCAGUGUUUGCGGAUGGCUUCCACCAUUGAGGUCUAACUGUGUGAGCCACGCAGUCUGCCCACAAACACAUAAACAUACAAAGUCACAAACUUGUGCCAUAUUGUAAAACAUAUCUGUUUUUUUUAGCGAGUCAAAAUCAAAUUGUAGCAGGGAUGAUGAUUUCAUUUCGAGGUGGCACAUAUUAAAUCCACCAAUCACAGCAUAUAUGAGUAAACAAGACUUUCAACAUCACUAAACAGUUGUUGAAAAUGGUGCCAUUGAUCUUAAUUCUGGUUAAAUUACAAUGAAUUAACCUUGAAAAUGAUCAUACAUAGUGAUGAGGUAUAUGAUGAUUUUUGUUUAGCAUUAAAAAUAACCUAUCGCUGAGGAUCAUAA